UGGACCAUGGCCAACCAUUCUUCCCUGGUGAGUGAGUUCAUUUUUGUUGGGUUCUCUGAGUUGCCACGGUUUCGAAUGCUCCUCUUUGUGCUGGUUCUCUCCAUGUACGCUGUGUCACUGGCUGGAAAUACUGUCAUCACCACCGUGAUCAAGUUAAAUCCAGGCCUUCAUACACCCAUGUACUUUUUCUUGACGAACCUGUCGCUGCUAGAAAUAUGCUACACAUCGGCCAUUGUUCCCAAGAUGCUAGCGAGCCUGGUGUCAGAGAAUGGAAGGAUCUCUCUCUGGGGCUGUGCCACCCAGAUGUACUUCUUCACCCUUUUUGGCAUCACAGAAUGCUGCCUCCUUGCUGCCAUGGCCUAUGACCGCUAUGUGGCCAUCUGCAAACCACUGCGCUACAAUGUCGUCAUGAACUGGGGAGUCUGUGCCCAGCUCUCCGUGGCCUCAUGGUCAGUGGGAGUGAUGGUGGGACUGGGCCAAACCAACUAUGUCUUUAGCCUGACCUACUGUGGACCCAACAGGAUCAACCAUUUCUUCUGCGACAUCCCACCCCUCCUGACGUUAGCUUGUGGUGACACCUCAAUGAAUGUCAUUGCUGUAUAUUUGGUAGCUGUCUUUUUCAUCACUGCACCUUUCCUUUUGAUCCUCACAUCCUAUGUAUACAUCAUCACUUCUAUUUUGAGGAUGCCAUCGGCUGAGGGGAGGCAUAAAGCCUUCUCCACCUGCUCUUCCCACCUCAUUGUGGUCUCGCUGUUCUACGGUUCAGGCAUUAUCACAUACCUUAGGCCCAAAUCCAGCUACUCCGCAGAGAGCGAUAAAUUGCUGGCCCUGUUUUAUACAGUUGUAACAUCCAUGCUGAAUCCUAUAAUCUACAGUUUGAGGAACAAGGAGGUCAAAGUGGCUCUGAGGAGAACGCUAGGUAACAAACUGUGCUUUGGAGAAUAUCAAACAUGA